AUGGCGUCCGAGAACUCUUCGGUGGUGAAUGCGGUAUUCUCCAAAAUUUUAGCGGCUUCAAACGGCGCACUGAGCUGGUUUUUACAACUUUCGAUAGCACAGCAGGCAUCGAUUGUGAUCCUGGCGCCCUUCGUUUAUAUCAUUGUUUGGCAGCUGUGGUUUUCCAUGCGCAAAGAUCGGGUCCCGCUUGUUUUCUACUGGAUUCCAUGGGUCGGUAGUGCGAUCACUUACGGUAUGAGACCUUAUGAGUUUUUCGCAGAGUGCCAGCAGAAAUAUGGCGAUGUUUUCUCUUUUAUGCUUUUGGGACGGGUCAUGACGGUGUAUUUGGGACCCAAGGGCCACGAAUUCGUGCUCAAUGCAAAACUGGCCGACGUGUCCGCCGAAGCUGCCUACACGCAUCUCACAACCCCGGUUUUUGGCAAAGGUGUAAUCUACGACUGUCCAAACAACAAGUUGAUGGACCAGAAAAAAUUCGUGAAGGGAGCUCUCAGCACCGAGUCCUUCCGUUCGUAUGUGCCCAAAAUAGCUGAAGAAAUCUACCAGUAUUUCCGGGACUCCAAGAACUUUCAAAUGAACUCCCAAUCGUCAGGAACCGUCAACGUCAUGGAAUCCCAGCCUGAAAUGACCAUUUUCACCGCCUCGCGUUCUUUGCUGGGCGAAGAAAUGCGUCAAAUGCUCAACACAGACUUUGCCUACCUCUACUCGGAUUUGGAUAAAGGCUUCCAGCCCAUCAACUUUGUUUUCUCUCAUUUGCCUCUGGAUCAUUACCGCAAGCGUGAUCAUGCACAGAGAACCAUCAGUGGCACUUACAUGAAGCUCAUCAAGAAAAGAAGGGAAAACAAUGAUAUUCAGGACAGAGAUUUGAUCGACUCCUUGUUGAAAAACUCUACUUACAAAGACGGUACGCAAAUGACCGACCAAGAAAUCGCUAAUUUGUUGAUUGGUGUUUUGAUGGGUGGUCAACAUACCUCUGCUGCUACGUCAGCUUGGUUGCUGCUGCAUUUGGCCGAAGAACCUGAAAUCCAAGAAGAGCUUUACAAAGAACAAAUGGAAGUGUUGGAAAAUGGUAAGUUGGAGUUGACCUUCGAUUUGUUGCAAAAAAUGCCACUAUUGAACCAGACUAUCAAAGAAACGCUAAGAUUGCACCACCCAUUGCACUCUCUUUUCCGCAAAGUUACAAGAGACCUAUCUGUUCCAAACACUCCAUAUGUCGUGCCAAAAGGACAUUUCGUUCUUGUUUCUCCUGGCUACUGUCAUUUGCAGGACAAGUAUUUCCCUCGUGCUAAGACCUUUGACCCACACCGCUGGAAUAACGAUCACCAGUCUUCUUAUGGAUCCAGUGAGCAAGUGGACUACGGUUUCGGUGCCAUCUCCAAAGGUGUUUCGUCACCUUACUUGCCAUUCGGUGGUGGAAGACACAGAUGUAUCGGUGAGCACUUUGCUUACUGUCAACUUGGUGUUAUCCUCUCCAUCUACAUCAGAACCUUGAAAUGGAAGCUAUCUUCGAAAAUGAAUGGUGUUCCACAACCUGAUUUUCAAAGUAUGGUGACUCUGCCAUUGGCGCCAGCUGAGAUUGUGUGGGAAAAGAGAAACGCAGAGCAGACCGUUUAA